GUCAAACUUUUUUCAGUUAUCAUUAGGUUAGUUACGUGGUUUAAAUACCAUACCAUGGCAUCCACAAUGUCGCAUCAGCUCGUGGCUUUAUCAAGACGACUUUUACCACAAACAAGAUUCGUACUUCCGAAGAGAUCUGAAAGCUCUAUUGUUUAUGAUGCUACAAGAAAGAACAUGGCUAUCCAGAGGAGUACAAGAGUUAUCUGUCAAGGUUUUACUGGCAAACAAGGAACCUUCCACAGCCAACAAGCGAUUGCAUAUGGGACCAAGAUGGUUGGUGGCGUGUCACCAAGCAAGGCAGGAACAACUCAUCUUGGCCUUCCAGUGUUUGCAUCAGUGAAGGAUGCUGUGAAAGAGACAGGGGCUGAGGCAUCUGUGAUCUAUGUGCCGCCCCCUUUUGCUGCCGAAGCCAUAAUAGAAGCUAUUGAUGCGCAAGUGCCAUUAGUUGUUUGUAUCACUGAAGGUAUUCCUCAACAGGACAUGGUUCGUGUGAAGCACAAGUUGGUGAGACAAAGUAAAACAAGACUCAUAGGUCCAAAUUGUCCAGGAAUUAUCAGGCCUGGUGAUUGCAAAAUAGGAAUCAUGCCUGGACACAUACAUAAACCAGGAAAGAUUGGUAUCGUAUCAAGGUCGGGCACAUUAACUUACGAGGCAGUGCACCAAACUACACUGGUUGGCUUGGGACAAACAUUAUGUGUUGGAAUUGGUGGAGAUCCUUUUAAUGGUACUAAUUUUGUUGAUUGCCUGGAAGUGUUCUUAAAUGAUCCUUUGACUGAGGGCAUUCUUUUGAUUGGAGAAAUUGGUGGCGGUGCUGAAGAAAGAGCUGCACAAUAUCUUAUUGAAAAUAAUAUGGGAAGAAAUAGUAAGCCUGUUGUUUCCUUCAUCGCUGGGGUAACUGCUCCACCAGGAAGAAGAAUGGGACAUGCUGGUGCCAUCAUAUCAGGUGGUAAAGGGGGAGCAGAAGGAAAAAUUGCUGCUCUCAGGGAUGCUGGAGUAAACGUAACUAUGUCGCCUGCGCAAAUGGGGACUGCCAUGAUUGAAGAAUACACCAAAUUUUAUGGAAGAAAAUCUUCUUCAUAAACCAUACAUGCUUAACGUUCAACCAGGUCAUGUGUUUAAUAAAUUGUUUAUAACCUCGUUUAUCCCAAGGUUGAGCCUGUCUUGGUGGUGAGUUUGUGACAAAUUAAAUAUAUUAUCUUUCUGUGUAAUUUAUUCCAAAAGUGAUUUUUAAGCCCUCAAGGAUUUUCGAAUAUAGUUUCUCUCAACUUGGU